AUAACUAUUAAACAAACACAUGAUACACUAAUCAUAAACCGGUACAGGGUAGGAAAUCAAAUUCCAUUACCCAAACAUACCACAAAUUUUAAACAGGUGCCGCACGCCCUUUUUGACCCAUCGCUUGGGUACCCGAUUCCUGGACUUUCCGCUGGAUCUGCGUUUCUCUAUCCGACAAAGGACAGUUGGCAAUGGAAGAACAAGUAGAUUCUGAUCACCAGCCGAUGGUGGAAGAUGGUUUUCCUUUUCCACAUGGUAUGAAAAUUGAUCCAAGAAGGGCACGGUUUCCAUGCUGCAUUGUUUGGACACCUCUACCUGUUCUUUCAUGGUUGAUUCCUUUCAUUGGCCAUGUUGGGAUUUGCAGAGAAGAUGGAGUUAUUCUAGAUUUUGCAGGGCCUAAUUUUGUUUGUGUUGACAAUUUCACCUUCGGGGCAGUGGCUCGCUAUAUCCAAAUAAACAAAGAUAAGGAAUGCUGCAUUUCUCCCCAUUCCUUUGCAUUUAAAGGAGAUCAAGAAUACCAGCAUGAUGAUCCUAGGAGAGAGACGUUAACAUGGAAUGAUGCACUACGAAAAAGCACACAAGAAUUCCAACACCGGUCAUACAACCUUUUCACUUGCAAUUGCCAUUCUUUUGUAGCAAACAACCUGAACAGGUUAGGCUUUCGAUCUGGUGAGUGGAAUGUAGUGAACCUUGCUGUUCUCAUCUUCCUCAAGGGCCAGUGGGUGAGCAAAACAGCAUUUUUGCGAUCUUUCUUGCCAUUUGUUAUAGUAUCCGGUCUUGGACUUGCAUUUGGUGGCAUGACAUACCUGUCUUUCUUAGCCCUCUUUGCAUCCCUUCUUGUUGGUUGGUUCCUUCUUGGUACUUACUGUUUCAAGAAUUUGAUCCAAUUGUAGCUUUUCAACUCUCCAACUCCGUUAAUAUAGAAGAUUUGCUUGGAAUAUUCAUGCAUGCACUUGUAGAAUAUCGAAAAUAGUAGACAAUGCUUAGGCUAGACUAGGCUAUUACAUGGAAGUUGUAGUCUUUGUUGCUCUCCUUGCUAAUACAAGCCCAUUCAAGUUCUUGCAUUUGUUUUAUCGAGUACAAUGCAUAGACGAAGGGAGCAAUAUUGUGAUUCAAUAGUAAGUAGAUAUGACAAUUUAUGUAUUUAUAUUAUGUAAAAUAUUGAUA